AUGGCCAGAAAAACAAAAAGUUCAAAAGUUACAGUGCUUCGUGGUGCUGAUGGUUUAUCAAAAGGUUGUGCUUUUGUUAAAUUUGCGACACAUUCACAAGCAGCGAUGGCCAUCAAUAGCUUGCAUGGUAGUCAAACGAUGCCAGGUGCGUCUUCUUCAUUAGUCGUCAAAUUUGCUGAUACCGAAAAAGAACGACAAUUGCGCCGAAUGCAGCAAAUGGCUGCGCAGAUGGGUUUAUUAAAUCCUGUACUUGUGAAUCAAGCCGGUGUAUACAAUACAGCUUAUCAACAGUUCUUGCAACAACAGGCUACUCUUGUAGCAGCGCAAACAGCUGCAGCAGCCGCUUAUUUUCCGGUUGCUGUGACACCUCAAACCACGUUGACAGCAACGGGACUAGCUGCACCGGCAAAUCCAACAGCAUUUCUCACGCAACAUGCGCUGCAACCGCUCUCUACGCUUUCCCUACAACAGGCUAACUCUGUUCAAACGAUUUCCGCACUUUCUCAACCAUAUACACCUGCUGAUUAUGCUGCAGCUGCAGCCGCAAGCGUUGCGCAAUAUACACCGUCAACUACAGCUACUGUAGCUGUUGAUCCAGCAAGUUAUACUCUGCCAGCAAACACGGCACUUCCCACGGGAACUUUACCUACCGUCACGUUGCCUUCUGCUUACAAUCCUUUGGUCAGUCUCGAGCAACAAACAAAUCCUUACAACCAAGCUUUGCAACAAGCGAUUGCUCUACAACAGGCAGCUGUGCUUUUUCCAGGUGCGCAAAAAGAAGUGUUAGGUCCAGAAGGCUGCAAUUUAUUCAUCUAUCAUUUACCACAGGAAUUUGGUGAUGCCGAACUAAUGCAAAUGUUCAUGCCUUUUGGCCAUGUUAUCAGUGCUAAAGUAUUUAUCGAUCGAGCUACCAAUCAGAGUAAAUGCUUUGGCUUCGUAUCGUAUGAUAAUACCGCCUCUGCAAUGGCAGCGAUUCAAGCAAUGAAUGGCUUUCAAAUUGGCAUGAAACGACUAAAAGUGCAGUUGAAACGCCCUCGAGAUAAACCGUAUUGA